CUAUGAUAAAUGUAUGUCGAGACUAUUUUUAUACUUGAUUGGCGAGAAAAAAUCUAGUGCUCCUCCACACACCAUAUCAAUUCUCUCUCUAGCACUUCCCGCCCUUCGCUCCGUCUGAUCGCCGGCCAUUCUCCGCUGUUACAGCGUCGCCAGAAGUUUCAUCGGAUUUCGACUAAUAUCAGCUGCUCCUUAGGUCUUCCGGCCAAAGACAAUGUUCAUUUUCGCACUCAUUUGCGUGGAUAUAGCUAGGAGCGUGCAUCAAUGGCUUUAUCCGUGCACGGAGGGGACUUAAUUUAUUUCGAAUUUGGAAACUAUCAUUUUCACACCUGGUAGACCAAAGGGAAAAGUGGAAUCACUAAACAUUUUCUCUGCCGGAAGUAUAAGGGGCAAACCAAAAUGAACAAGGGUUUUUGGAUGCCAAAGGGUGCUGGACACUUAUCUGAUGGGGAUACAACAUUUGACAACCCUUCCAGGAUUGAACCAAAGCGGUCUCAUCAAUGGUUUGCAGAUAUUGCUGAACCAGGCUUGUUUCCCAACAAAAAGCAAGCAGUACAUUCCACAAGCAGCAAAUCAACUUCCGGAAUUUCGAAUGCACAUGGUUCUCCAUGGGAGAACACUUCUAGUUUUCAUUCAGUUCCAAACCAAUUCAUUGACCGGUUAUUUGGACCUGAGACAGCUAGGCCUGUCAAUUUCACGGAAAGGAAUAUCUCUCCUGUUGGAACAGAUGGCUCAAGAAGCAGGGACAUCGAUGAGCAAUUUGGAAAUGAUUCAUCUGUUGGUUUGUCUAUAUCUAAUGCUAUUGAAGACCCUGAAACAUGUCUCAGCUAUGGUGGAAUUAGAAAAGUUAAAGUCAAUCAGGUUAGGGAAUCUGAUAGUAGUGAGAAUGCAUCAAAGGGACAUAGCUAUGAUAGGGAAAUUCACAGUAAUAUACCCACAGUUCAGGACUAUGACAGGGGGAGUGAUACCAGUUUUAUGUCAAUAGGGGCAGCCUACUAUAAGGAGGAUGAGAAUGACAAGUUAAUGGGUCACACAUACAACACUGGAGACCAUGAUAUACCAAUGGGUCACCCUUAUAAUAAGGGGGAUGCCAAUACCAUAUCUUUUGGUAGCUAUCAUGAUGAACCUGAUAAUAUCCCCUUUGCCAGGCCCAUAAGCAGCUAUGGCUUAUAUCAGUCUUCAGUUCAAAUAUCAGACACAGAGAGUGAAAGAGAGUUGGAUGCAUCAAAUGCUAAUGGAACUUUAAGUUCUGCGCAGUUAGCUAAAUUAAGACCUGAGUCUGCUUCCAAAAAUAAAUCAGAAUUUAAGAUGUCUAAGAAAGAAGCUCCAAACAGCUUCCCGUCAAACGUCAGAACCUUGAUAUCAACUGGUAUGCUUGAUGGGGUACCUGUGAAGUAUGUCUCCUUGUCACGAGAGGAGCUUCAUGGAAUCAUAAAAGGCUCUGGCUAUCUUUGUGGGUGUCAGUCAUGUAAUUUUAACAAGGUACUCAACGCUUAUGAAUUUGAGCGUCAUGCUGGUUGCAAAACAAAACACCCAAAUAAUCACAUUUACUUUGAGAAUGGGAAGACUAUUUAUCAGAUUGUCCAAGAAUUAAGGAGCACCCCUGAGAGCUUGUUAUUCGAUGCCAUUCAAACAGUGACUGGAUCUCCGAUUAAUCAGAAGUCCUUCCGCAUUUGGAAAGGUAACAUAAAUUCUACUAUCAAAACAACCAUGAAGUUUACUGUCUCCUUCCCUGUAAUAAUUGGAAAUUCAUUGAUUUCCCCACCAUGUGUUAGUGCCAGUACUAUAUUCUAUCUCUUUCUGUGUUCCUCUUAUGCAGAAUCAUUUCAAGCAGCUACACGGGAGCUUAAGCGUAUCUAUGGAAAGGAGGAACUGAAUCUAUGAAAGGAGUAUUGUUAAUGAGCCUGGAUGAGAAUGUAAGAUAGGGUAGCCUCUUUCAUGUGCAUUGAAGCAAAUACUCCUUUUUUUUUUAAUAAGUUCUGUGUUUACUGUGAAGUGCCAUUUGACAUUGCCAAAGCGAUGCAUUCUGUUAUUUUGAGGCAUGAUUGGUUUUGCUAA